AUGGCCCGAUCAGCGUAUGUGGGGGAAGAAAUUCGGAAGUGGGAUGGUGGGAAUGGCUUCCCUUUUUCCGCCUCAUUCACUCCACCCCCGCAGGAACAAAUUGGAAUUCAUGCCCGAUAUACGCAGGAUUCGGGCGGAAGACGGAAGAGAGAGAUGAGGCUGGAUCCAGCAUCCAGCCUCAUCGCUCUCUCCUCGAUUCCCACUCAAACGAAGUUCUGUUCCAUCUCGCUCUACCGACGGCAGUUAAGGACGCUUCACCGCCGAGACUUGGACGGAGUUCAAGUCUCAUCGACGAUCGCUUCUCCUCCCUCCAUUCCUGCCAUGCUUCGUCGACCCCCCUCGAUCCGGGAAGGAGGAAAGGACAUAUACGAUCGCUGGGGUGAAGGUUCGCUUCCCCUAUCAACCCUAUCCCUCUCAGAUGGCCAUGAUGAGCAAGGUGAUCCAGGGGAUAAAACGAGGACAGAAUUGCCUGAUGGAGAGUCCGACGGGAUCGGGGAAGAGCCUCGCCCUCCUCUGCUCGUCUCUGGCUUGGCUUACCGCCGAAACAGGUUUGUCACCGCUCUUGCGUCACACUGGAAGGACCAUUCCCUUUGA